AAUUUGGAAAGAAUUGGUGGGUCGCUCACCAAUUCCAAAAAAGCAUUGUUCUUGGAACAACAACAGUACAAUGAUGAUCAAGAAUCAAAUGGGGUUUUCCCAAAUUUGGAAAGAAAUGGUGGGUUGCUCACCAAUUUCAAAAAAGUAGUAAUGUUCUUGGAACAACAACAGUACAAUGAUGAUCAAGAAUCAAAUGGGGUUUUCUCUAAUUUGGAAAGAAUUGGUGGGUUGCUUACCAAUUUCAAGAAAGUAAUGUUCUUGGAUGAUGAUGAAGAACUUUGUGAAAGAAUUCUUGAUGGGGCAAAGGCUAUGGCUAUUUCAAGAAGAAUGAGAGAUGGGUUGAGUACUAAUGGAGAGUUAUCAGCUGAGGAGUAUAUAGUGGAAGCUGCAGUGAUCUGUUUAGUGCUGACUAAUGCAGUGGAAGUGCAUGAUAGAGAUGGGAGAAGUUUAGGAGUUGGUGUUUAUGAUGUGGCGUUUUCGUAUAUCAAUCAUAGUUGCUCUCCAAAUGCUUCUUAUAGGUUUUGUACAGCUUUGGAUUCUGGUGGAAUAUUGGAGAGUAGGAUAUGUCAAGCUGGGGCUGGUGGCAUUGAAAGUGAAUCAAUUAUUAAUGGUAGUGAAGCAUGUGGUCCGAGAAUAACCCUUAGAAGUAUAAAGGACAUCCAGAAAAGUGAAGAGGUGUUGAUUACAUACACUGACUUGUUACAGCCUAAGGUGAUGAGGCAAUCAGAGUUGUGGUCAAAGUACAGGUUCAGUUGCUGCUGUAAACGAUGUAGAGCAAUGCCUACGACUUAUACAGAUCAUUGUCUGCAGGAAAUCUUAAUUUUGAAUCUCGAUUGUUCAAAUAUGGCUUCUGGUGACAAUUUUUACGGGGACCAUGUACUGGAGAAGCUGGUGGAUUUCUUGAAUGACGCUAUAGAUGACUUUCUGUCAUUUAGGAAUCCCAAGUCUUGUUGUGAGAAGCUUGAGGUCCUGCUUACUCAAGAUCAUGCCCACGUAGUUCUGAAACCAAACACAGAAAAUUUACGUCUACUCUUCAGAUUAUAUCCUCUUCACCAUGUCUCUUUGCAUGCAUACAUGACACUGGCUUCUGCAUAUAAAGUCUCUGAAAGUGACCUGCUGGCCCUAGAUCCCGAAAGUGAUAAGCAUCAAACCGAAGCUUUUAGUAUGAUCAGAAAGAGUGCAGCAUAUUCCUUGUUGCUUGCAGGUGCAACCCACCAUUUAUUAGAGUCUGAAUCUUCUCUCAUUGUGCCCGUUUCAAAUUUUUGGACGACUGCUGGUGAGAUCUUACUAAGUCUUGUCAGAAGCUCUGCUUGGAACUUAUUUUCAAGGGGGAGAGACAUGGGAGAAAUUUCGUUUUCCUCAUGUCGAAUUUGUGGCAAAUGCGCACUGCUUGAUAGGUUUAGAGAUAAAUUUGCAGAUAGUCGUGAUGAAAAUCCAGAGUUUGCUGAGGUAACUAGCAAAGUUUUGAAUUGUGUCACCACUAUAACACCAAAAAUCUGGGAUUUUCUCGUGGAGGAUGGUGGUUACUUGAAAGUAGUUGAGGAUCCCAUUAACUUUAGAUGGCUUGGGAGUAGGAUGUCAUCUUUUACUCAUUUUGCAACUCAUGCUACAAGUCCUAAUGCAGACAAAACUAAUUCUGGACUUGAGGCAGAAGCCUAUCACAGCGAGAUACGGGUUAAUUUAUUCCUGCUUGGUAUUCACUGCUUAAUCUAUGGAGCAUUUUUGUCAACUAUAUGUUUUGGUUCUCAUUCGCCGCUCAUGUCUAAAGUUGAAAGUCUUCUAUGUCUCCAAGGUUUUUCGAAUGGUUAGGCCAUUGGUUGCAUACAUAACCCAAUUGUCUGUCUCAUAGUCUAUAAGUUGUUGGCUGCAAGAUAAAAAACACUGAAAUCUAAACUCAUUUUCUGGGAAGUUCAUGCUACAUAGCUUUGUGUAGUUGUACUUAUUUUGACAUUUUUGAAUAUACAUGCAAUGACCCAGUUAGAGUAGAUCAUUUGGACCUUCCGAUUCAUAGCUGUAGAUCUCCGACCUAUGAAUG